AUGUCGUCUGUCUCGGGAAGCCAAGCACAGACUGCUGCAGCAGGGCCGUUUUCGAGCACACUAGACGUGCUCUCGCGCAUCCUACCUGCCCGCCUGCUCCAGCCGCGCGUAGCAAUCGUCUGCGGUUCGGGCUUGUCGACGCUGGCGAACAGCCUGCGCGAUGUCGUAGAGGUGCCAUACUCAUCGCUGGAGGGGUUCGGAAAGAGCACAGUUGAGGGACACCGGAGUGCUCUUGCGUUUGGACUGAUUGGGGAGGGUGAAGGAAUACCUGUAGUUGCGAUGCUUGGACGGUUUCACCCAUAUGAGGGGCAUUCGCUUUCGACGGUCGUGUAUCCCAUCCGCGUGCUCGCAAGACUAGGCGUCCGCGAUAUCAUCAUUACGAACGCUGCAGGUGCACUCAAUCCCGACCUCGACGUCGGCACCAUCGUGUCCAUCCAAGAUCACCUCGCCCUGCCCAACCUCACAGGCUUCAACCCUCUCCUCGGACCCGCACGCCCCAACUACCCGCGCUUCCUCCCGCUCUCCACCGCCUACUCCCGGCCACUUCGUCGGCUGGUCUUCCUCGCUGCGCACGCGCUCGGCCUCCCGCGCUCGGCCCUUGCGGAGGGCACUUACGCGUGGGUGAGCGGGCCGUCGUAUGAGACGCCGGCGGAGGGCCGUUUCCUGCGUACGGCGGGCGCGGACGUGGUGGGCAUGAGCACUGUGCCGGAGGUGCUCGCGGCGCGCGAGGAGGGCGUGAACGUGUGUGUGCUGAGCUUGGUCACGAACCAGGUGGUCAUCCCGGAGUAUGAGAGCGUCAGAGAGGAGGUCGAGGCGGAGUUGGCGGGACGAACAAUAGAACGCGUGCAAGAGGUAGAAGUGUCCCAUGAAGAGGUGCUUUCGGUGGGAAAACAGAAGGCAGAGGCGAUGAAAGCCUUGGUAGCCAAGCUCAUCGAGCUCAUCGCGGCGGAGCAAAAGUAG